AUGGCGGCAAGAACGGAUACGGCGCGCGCGGCGUAUUGGACACGGCAGGGAGCGGCAGAUACGCGUCUCGUCCUUGUCCUCCGCUUUGGUCGUGCCUCUGACCCUGUCUGUCUCCAGCUCGAUCAAAUUUUUUCUAAAGCAGCAAGGGAUGUGUCCAAGUUUGCAACAGUGGCACUGGUUGAUGUUGAUUCCCCAGACAUUCAAGUCUAUGUCAAGUAUUUUGACAUCACUUUGAUACCAUCUACUAUGUUUUUCUUCAAUGCCCAUCACAUGAAAAUGGAUUCUGGGACUGCAGAUCAUACUAAAUGGGUUGGUGCUUUUCACAAAAAGCAAGACUUCAUAGAUGUUGUAGAGGCAAUAUUCAGAGGAGCAAUGAAAGGAAAGCUUAUUGUGAAUUGCCCGCUCCCACCUGAACGUAUACCAAAAUACCAAUUACUGUACCAGGGUGUCUAAAACUUAUAACUCAACCCCUCCCUAGGGGUGGGGAUAAUUUGGCUUGGAAAUAUUCUAAUGAUAGAAACUGUUCUGUUUUUGUUCUCGUCUUCUCUUUUGCAAAAGUGAGCCAUGUAUAUAUUGGAACACUAAAUACUACAUACUCAUACUUAAAUUGGUAGGAAAUGAAGCCCAUUAUCUGAUCAUAAAGCAAUGUCAAUUCGUCCACGUACUUGGAUGAUCUUUGUCUUGCUCACAUCUUCCUGUUCGAGCAUCUUGAAUGAGAAGGGAGGUAUAUCUGUUGAAUUUGGCUAAUAUCCAUGACAUUGCUAAGUUGAUCAACUAAAAUUAUCCUGAGUACAAUGUCCCCACUAAGUUCAAGAAUCUUCCAGCUCAAUUGGAUGUUGUCAGAUUUUCAUCAAAGAAGAUCAAAGACAUGUGAUUCCAAUUUAAGUACGCCUUAGAGGAUAUGUACACUGGAACAAUUGACACAUGCAGAGAAAAAGGACUUCUUCCUAAGCAUGAAGAAACUCUAGGCAAUGACAUAAUGCAAAAAUAAUUACUACGCUUUUGUCUUUGUCACUGUGAUAUUGGCUAUGGAUCUUCCAUUUCUCGUUUCGUUCUUGAUUAAGGUUUCUGUGUUAGACUGUUAGUAGUUUGUAUGGCCAGUUUGUAAGGCAAGGUUUCUGUGUUAGUGGUUUGUAAGAGCUUCCUGCUUCUUGGUUGAUUGUUUGAUUACUCACUUCUUCUUCAUCCUGGGCACACCUCGAUUGCCUUCAUUCGACUUA